CAGCAGCAGCAGCAGAAUGGCUCACACUGAAUCUCAACCACCCACUCCCUCCAAGAUCCCCAAUCUUCUUUUUCAUUUCCCUAUAUGAAUUGGAAAGAGAAGUUUUCCUUUCUCUACCAUCUCCCCUUUUUGUUUGGCUCCCAAGGAAAUCUUACAACAGAAAGGAAGGGAAAAUGGAGCAAAAGCGACAAAACAGCCGGCUCACAAGUCACAGCACUAGCUGGUGAUGGAGAUAGGAGACAAAUUCCCCUUCUGGUAAAACCUUCUGUAUCCCAUGAUCCCUUUCUCAGUUCAUGAUAAGAGAUC